UUUUUUGUGACAUUGCAUUUGACAGCGACUUUAUUAUAGACAGCUAAUUUUUAAUGCAAACGUUGAAUAAUUAAAACUUGAGCAAAAUAAAUAAUUUAUUGUAAUAGAAACAAUAUAAAAUGUCAGCAACAGAUCAAAUGAGAGCUAUGCUCGACCAGUUGAUGGGCACUACACGUAAUGGGGAAGAUGGUCGAGGACUUAAAUUUUCGGACCCCCGUGUUUGUAAAAGUUUUUUAUUGGAUUGCUGUCCGCACGAUAUUCUGGCAUCCACUCGAAUGGAUUUGGGAGAAUGCCCAAAGGUACACGAUUUAGCAUUUCGAGCAGAUUACCAAAGCGCAGCAAAAUCUCGAGACUACUAUUAUGAUAUUGAGGCUAUGGAGCAUUUGCAAGCAUUUAUCGCGGACUGUGAUAGACGAACGGAAGCAGCCAAACAGCGCCUUAAAGAAACACAAGAAGAACUGACCGCAGAAGUAGCAGAAAAAGCAAAUGCUGUACAUGCUUUGGCCGAGGAGAUUGGUAAAAAGCUAGCCAAAGCAGAGGCGCUAGGAGAAGCGGGUGAAGUUGAGGAGAGUAUGUCACUCAUGAAAGAAAUAGAUGAGCUGCGAGCUAAGAAAAUUAAAGCAGAACACGAGUACCGCACAUCAAUGCCAGCAUCAACAUACCAACAGCAAAAGUUGCGAGUUUGUGAAGUAUGCUCGGCCUACCUGGGUAUCCAUGAUAACGAUAUCAGACUAGCAGAUCAUUUUGGCGGUAAGUUGCAUUUGGGAUUUUUAACCAUAAGAGAAAAAUUAGCCGAACUGGAGAAGACAGCCGGUCCCCGCAAGGCUGAACUGAAGCGUACUGGCAAGAUCCAUGAACGCGAUGAUGAUCGAUCCCGUUCACGUUUCUUUGUCGGUGGCCGUGAAUUAGAUCGCCGUUCACGUGUUCAUCGGUCUCGAUCUCGCGAACGUCGUCGUGGCGAAGGCCCAAGCACGACCAGUCGUUCUGAACGUUCUGAUCGUCCUGAUCGUAGGGAACGGGAACAACGUGAUAAUGAUUCUGAUCGCAAUAGGAACAGUAGCCGCGGAGCGCCUGAUCGUAGAAGAACGCGGUCUCGCUCCCGAGGACGUAAUUUCAAUUCUCGGCGAAGAUCACAUUCUCGUGAUCGCCAACGUCGUUAGUUCAAACAUAAUUACACUUACAACAGAUUGCUGGAAAUGUCGUACAGAAAAUUCAUUUGGCAAAAGGAGAGACAUCCAGUAGCAGAUGCAGUUUCGACACUGACGAAACAUUUUUUACCCUUGGCGUCAUUUAUAUAGCACGUAUGUAAAUUUCGAAUUGCUUUUAAAUUCACAAACUUAACGUUGUUUAAUAAUUAUUAUAUUUUUUAAUUUUCUAAGCAAACAAACAGAACUUAAUUUUUCUCUUAGAUUUAAAUGUAUUCACUUCACUUCUAUACUUUCUACACAAUUGGACAAUUUGAUAUCAUGAAUUAUGUUGUAAUAAAGCAAAAUAACGUUUCUUUAGAUAAUGGAAGGAAUUGAAAAAAAAAACAAUACAGAAACAUUUGAUGCAUAUAAAUUUCAUAGACAAAUAGCAAACUGUACGUAUUUAAAACAAAAAAAAUCUUAAUCCAACAUUGGGUAUGUACAGUUUGAUUUUAUUUUACGGGAACAACUGUAGAACAUAAACUAUGUAUUUUUGGGAACUUGAUAAUUUUAAUUAACAACCAUUUAUUCUUUCAUAUUAAAAUAAGCCAUCUAUCCACGGCCAAGCUAGCCCAACAGCGAGUUGGUUAUUAGAUAAACCAUCAAUCGAAAUUAGUGCUGAUUUUUGGUAAGGAACUAAGAAACAAAA